AUGAAGUCAUUGGAUUCUCCCGUCAAAGUAGAUCUAUACCGCCAUAUUUCUUUACCAGUGUCUGCUAUAAAGUUCUUACAACUGUGGUUUUACAUUCCUUAUUCAAAAAAGUCCAUCAAAUUCUGGCUUGCUGUAACUAUUCGCGUUUUUUUGGGGAUAUUUGUGUUUGUGAUUCCCACAUUAACUCAAUUGAUAUACAUCGUUCGAUUGCUCGCAUCUGGAAAAGCUGAAAUUCAAGAAAUUGCUGCGACCAUAAACCUGGUCCUAACAGAAAUGCUGUGCUCGUUCAAACUGCUCGACUUGCGCUUACGCCGCGAUGUUCUUACUGAACUGUCAGAUCAGCUCAUUAGCGAGCAACUGAAUUGUUUCGAAACUCAAAGGAUUUUGGAGAAAGGUGUAAAACUUUCGCGGCGCCUCUUCUGUGGAUUGUUGCUCGGGUCUGCCCUCGACGUUUUGGUUCACGUCGUUGUAGUGCCAUCACUCAAAAACUUUGAAACUAUACCCCUGAAGAUGGAUUUUAUAUUCAUUGAUGUAAAUGAUCCGGCUUACUUUGAUUACGUUUGUGCAUAUCAGAUUUUGUACAAACCGACAAUGAUCACAACUUACGUCGCCUUAAACGUAUAUCCGUGGUCAUUUAUGUGCUGUGCAAAUAGCCAAUUGGACGUUUUAAUCAACAAAUUAGAAAAUAUGAAAGAGCUCAUUAAAAUCACCAAGGCGGAAAGGAGCUGUGACGAGAGCGAUGCCUACGAAAUAAUAUUUAAGGGCUGCGUACUUCAUCAUUCUGCUAUUUUAAGAUUCACAAAGUCGAUGCAAGCGACUUUUAGCGGGCAGAUGUCAUUGAAUCUGUUUGUAAGCGCUUGCAUCAUCGGGACAACUGCCGUUCAAAUCAUUUCAAUCGAGUUGCCCAGACAUAAUAUAACCGAGGUGGUUUGGGUUCUGGUGUAUUUAUCCAUCAUCAUAGGGAACCUUUUUGUCGAAUGCUAUUUUGGGAACAGUAUUACACACAAGAGCUUAAAGAUUCCAACAAUAGUGUUCGCUGGGCCGUGGGUUGACCUGCCCAUAAAGAUGAAGCGAAACCUGGUGAUAUUCAUAGCUAAAGCUCAGCAACCCAUCGUCCUAACUGCAGCCAAAAUCGUUCCUGUUUCAAUGCAGACAUUUACCACGGUAAUGAACUGGACGUACAAAGGCUUUGCAGUUAUGAAUCAAAUGAAGAAAUAAUUUUGGAAAUAAUAAA